AUGAGUGACCUUGGGUUGAUACACUACUUUUUGGGCAUUGAGAUAAACCAAGGAGAAGAUGGAAUCUUCAUAUGCCAGAAAAAGUAUAUUGAGAAUCUAUUGAAGAAGUUCAAGAUAUACGAGUGCAAGAUUGUGGCUACUCCAGUUAUCCACAAUGAGAAAUUAAGAAAGGAAGAUGGAUCAAGUACAGGAGAUGAAUCAGUUUAUAGAAGUCUCAUUGGGAGCUUACUAUACUUGACAACAACAAGACCCGACAUCAUGUACACGACAAGCUUACUAUCAAGAUUUAUGCAAAAUUCAAGCCAGAUACACUAUGGAGCAACAAAGAGAAUAUUAAGAUACUUGUAA